UAUUCUCUCUCUUAUAUCUCUGACUUUUUCAAUAUUUGUAUUCUUUUUAUUCUUAAAACUCAGAUUUUUUUUUUUAUAGCCUAAAGAUUGUGUUUUAAAAAUAAUUUCAGACCCCAAUCAACCAGAAAACAUCACCUUUGUUGCAACCGGAGCAACCAACGUUACAUUAUCUUGGAAAGAAUCAACAAAUUUGACGGCCUAUGAAGUCGUUUAUUGGAAUUCCUCCUCCACUUUGAACGUGACGAGUAACAGCAACAUUGUCACUCUUCAGAACCUGACCUCAGGGACGGAAUAUACCAUCGCUGUGGUCCCGGCUGAUGCCGGAGGUUCUGGAUCUGACACUUUGAUUGGAUCUGUGAUUACAAAACCCAUGCCAGUAAAGAACUUGUGGCAGAAUCUGUCUUCUGCUGAAUCCAUUGUCUUAUAUUGGAGCCGACCGGAUGAAUAUCAGAGUUCUUACACCUACAGAGUGCAGACAAAUGUCACAUCACCGUCUUCAUGGAUAAGAGAUACAAUAGUGACCAAUGAAUCAGCUACAAUAGUGAAUCUGACCCCGGGAGAGACGUAUACAUUCCUGAUAUACACAAGAGCUUCUGAUAAUGUCACUGAAUCUGAUCCGGUGUCACUAACUACCUGCACAGUUGCCGGACUUGCUGCUUUGAUUGCAGUGAACAGUAACAAGUCGGUGGAUUCUCUGGUGGUGAACUGGACGAUAUCUUCAGGAAAAGCGUCUUAUUAUAACGUCACCAUAACGGGAGACGUCAACCAUACAAUACAGACCGGUGAUACCCAAGUGACUUUCAUUGGGUUAUCUCCAGGAAGAGAAUACAACGUCACUGUACAGACAGUCAGUGGGAAUUGCAGCGAUACCUCCCCUCCAGUGACAGAAGCCACAUGUGAGUAUGGUCACGUCAUACAUUCAUCCUCUGAUUACAGUAACACUAAACUCUGGUAA